AGGGUUUGACACCUUAUGAAAAGAAGAAGUAUGUUUGGAAAAUGCUUUACAUUUAUAUGCUUGGUUAUGACGUGGAUUUUGGUCACAUGGAAGCUGUUUCUUUGAUAUCUGCACCAAAAUACCCUGAAAAGCAGGUUGGAUACAUAGUGACAUCGUGUUUGCUCAAUGAGAAUCACGACUUUUUGAGAUUAGCAAUUAAUGCGGUCCGCAAUGAUAUCAUUGGUCGGAAUGAAACAUUUCAGUGCCUGGCGUUGACCUUGGUAGGGAACAUUGGUGGGAGGGAUUUUGCUGAAUCACUAGCACUCGAUGUUCAAAAGUUGCUUAUUUCCAGUAGUUGCAGACCGCUUGUGAGAAAGAAGGCCGCAUUGUGUCUCCUCCGCCUCUUUAGGAAAAAUCCGGAUGUCGUCAAUGUAGAUGGCUGGUCAGAUCGGAUGGCACAGCUAUUAGAUGAACGUGAUUUGGGUGUUUUGACAUCUUCGAUGAGCCUUCUUGUUGCUUUAGUGUCCAAUGACCAUGAUUCAUACUGGAGUUGUCUUCCAAAGUGUGUCAAAAUAUUGGAAAGGCUUGCUAGAAACCAAGAUGUUCCUCAAGAGUACACUUACUAUGGUAUCCCAUCUCCCUGGCUUCAGGUUAAGACAAUGAGGGCUCUUCAGUAUUUUCCCACUAUUGAAGAUCCAAACACUAGAAGAUCAUUGUUUGAGGUUUUACAACGGAUACUAAUGGGAACUGAUGUUGUGAAAAAUGUGAACAAGAACAAUGCAUCACAUGCUGUUCUCUUUGAAGCCCUUGCUCUUGUCAUGCAUCUAGAUGCUGAAAAGGAAAUGAUGUCUCAGUGUGUUGCCUUGCUUGGGAAAUUUAUUGCUGUGCGUGAGCCAAACAUUCGGUAUCUUGGUUUGGAGAAUAUGAGUAGGAUGUUGAUGGUUACAGAUGUUCUGGACAUUAUCAAAAGACAUCAAGCCCAAAUCAUCACCUCAUUAAAGGAUCCUGACAUCAGUAUUCGGAGACGUGCCCUUGAUCUGCUAUAUGGCAUGUGCGAUGUUUCUAAUGCAAAGGACAUUGUUGAAGAAUUAUUGCAGUAUCUCAGCACAGCUGACUUUGCAAUGCGUGAAGAAUUGGCAUUAAAAGCUGCCAUUCUUGCAGAGAAAUUUGCCCCUGAUCUGUCAUGGUAUGUGGAUGUGAUCCUUCAAUUGAUUGACAAGGCAGGAGAUUUUGUCAGUGAUGACAUAUGGUUUCGUGUUGUGCAGUUUGUCACAAACAACGAGGAUCUACAGCCUUAUGCAGCAGUGAAAGCCAGGGAAUAUCUAGACAAGCCUGCUAUACAUGAGACAGUGGUCAAGGUCAGUGCCUAUAUUCUUGGAGAAUACAGCCAUCUUCUGGCCAGACGGCCUGGUUGCAGUCCAAAGGAGAUUUUUAGCAUCAUACAUGAGAAGCUUCCUACUGUUUCGACUUCGACGAUUGCUAUUCUACUUUCAACAUAUGCGAAGAUUUUGAUGCAUACUCAACCCCCAGACUUGGAACUACAGAAUCAAAUUUGGGCAAUAUUCAGCAAAUAUGAGGGUUGCAUUGAUGUUGAGAUACAACAACGGGCUGUUGAAUACUUUGCAUUGAGUAGGAAAGGCGCAGCUUUAUCAGAUAUAUUAGCUGAAAUGCCCAAGUUCCCUGAACGGCAGUCUGCAUUAAUCAAAAAAGCUGAAGAUACUGAAGCCGAUGCUGCGGAGCAAAGUGCUAUCAAGUUACGGGCGCAGCAGCAGACUUCUAAUGCUUUGGUUGUGACUGACCAACGUCCGGCUAAUGGAACACCUCCUGUGACCCAACUUAGUCUUGUUAAGAUGCCUAGCAUGAGCAAUGUGGAUCAUAACCCUGCAGAGCAAGGGGUGUCUCAGGCCAAUGGGACUCUAAGUGUUGUGGAUCCUCAACCAUCUAGACCUUCAGAUGAUAAUAUUGGCGAUCUUUUAGUUCCACUGGCUAUUGAAGGCCCUCCUGGUUCUGCUACGCUAUCUGGGCAUAGUCCCGUCUUUGGAUUUGGAGGUGCUCCAAAUGCAGAGGAUGCUUUAGCCAUUGCACCUGUCGAAGAGCAGAUAAACACUGUCCAGCCAAUAGGAAAUAUUGCAGAAAGAUUUCAUGCUUUAUGCCUGAAGGAUAGUGGGGUGUUGUAUGAGGAUCCUUAUAUUCAGAUUGGCAUUAAGGCUGAGUGGCGGGUGCAUCAGGGACGACUUGUCCUCUUCUUGGGUAACAAGAAUACUGCCCCACUUGUUUCAGUUCAAGCAUUGAUAUUGCCGCCAUCUCAUUUGAAGAUGGAGCUCUCAUUGGUACCCGAAACUAUUCCUCCACGGGCACAGGUGCAAUGCCCACUUGAAGUGGUCAACCUCCGCCCAAGUAGGGAUGUUGCUGUUCUCGACUUCUCCUACAAGUUUGGAACCAACGUGGUUAAUGUUAAACUUCGCCUACCUGCUAUUUUAAAUAAAUUUUUCCAGCCCAUAACAGUGUCUGCCGAAGAAUUUUUCCCCCAAUGGAGAUCACUUUCUGGACCCCCCUUGAAACUUCAAGAAGUGGUUAGAGGUGUGAGAUCAAUGUCUCUCGUGGAGAUGGCAAACUUAUUUAACAGUUUCAGGUUGAUGGUUUGUCCGGGACUUGAUCCAAACACAAAUAAUUUGAUUGCAAGCACUACAUUCUAUUCAGAGAGUACACGAGCCAUGUUGUGUUUGGUAAGAAUUGAAACAGAUCCUGCAGACAGAACCCAGCUGCGUAUGACAGUUGCCUCAGGGGACCCUACACUAACGUUUGAGUAUGUCUUCAGUGUCCAACUUUAUAAUUUUUACUUCAUUUCUACUACAAAACAUCAUCUGACCACUUCUGUCCAGAUUGAAGGAGUUCAUCAAGGAACAAUUAAUUAGCAUUCCUACAGCUUCCCGGGCACCUUCACCAGUGUCUCUGCAAGCUCAACCAGCUGAGCCUCCACAACCUUUGCCAACCAGCUCACCAGCUGCACUAUCAGAUCCUGGGGCUAUGCUUGCCGGUCUUCUUUGAGAAAGUGGAUAUGAUUUAUUCAAGAUUUGUUCACUACAACACAUGUAAACCUGAUUAUACAGCAAUGCCCAUCAAUCCGUCCCUGAAAGUCAGAGGUGGGCAAGGAAAAAUACAAUGCCAGGGCUGGCGGGAUUAGGGGUGAGUUUGCAUGCGUUAGGCUUAGCAUUAGAGUUUUUGGGAGUUGGUUCAGGGUUUUGAGAUUCUUCUCUUACAAUUACAGUGCGCAAGGGUGAGGUUCUCUUUUUUAUUUUAGGGUGAGGGUCUGUUAUUAUUAUUCUUUAUUUCCCCUUCCAUUCCAUUUUUUUCCCUCGUAUCUGGCCAGGUUUCACUCGGGUUCUGUAAUACCAAUAGCAUAUGAAAAAUUGCUUCAAGUGAACUGAUUGUAACUAAUGCAUCAUUUUGUUUUGGAGUCCAUAUGUAUUUUUCAUUCAGAGCAAUUCCGAAUGUGAAAAAAACGGUGUGGCCUUUGUAUUUGUCUUUCUAUUUGUGGUUUUCCUGAAAGAUUGAUGGGAAAAACAUUUGGCUCAAUUCUUGAACCCGAUUACACUUAUCUUUUUCUUUUGGUUGGGAUCAGCGGAGAAACUUGUUUGCUUAUAGUUACUUUGGAGUUUCAAUUGCACAGUUUUGCAAAAACUUCACGCUUCUCAAUUGAUAUAUGGAUAUGAUUCCAUGCAUGUAUCUGUUUUGUUAAAAUUA